ACAGUAGUUAAAGAAAACCCAUUGAGUGAACAAUUAAAAUGAAACAGUUUCGCGCCCUUCUGGUGCUUUCGGUGACGGUGGCAAUUGCUUCCGCCUUACAAAGCUCAGAGUUGGAUCCGAAAACGAUCGACUGGAGCAAGGUUAGAACGCUGCAGGAAACUGACAAGUAUCGUGCCAGAUUAGGAUUGGCUCCACUGAGUGACGAUGAAAUUCGCUCAUCGCGUAUCUCUGGUGGAACAGUCGCGACUCCUACCGAUGUCCCAUGGGCGGCAGGAGUGUUGAUUCACGGUGGAACUUCUGGACACAGCUUCUGUAGUGGUGUGCUUAUUUCUCCUCGAUAUGUAUUGACCGCUGCCGUGUGCAUCUCUGGAGAAGAAACAAUGACCGUCGCUCUGAACGCUGCCAACAUGGCCAACAUCGGCACUCUGAUCAGUGUGUCCCACAUCCUGUCGCAUCCGAACUACAGCUGGCUUCUGGGUAGAGAUGACAUAGCUAUUCUAACGCUAAGUCGUGAAGCGCCCAUCGAUGGGUUGACGAUUCAGCCCGUGCAGAUGCCGCGUCGUUCGGAUGUUGGCAAGUCGUUUGUCGAUUGGAUGGCUACUACCUCGGGUUGGGGCAACACCGGAAAUAGAGAUAACGAAUCGAUUCCGACGCAGUUCCUGCAGUUUGCCGUAGACUCCGUAACAUCUAAUCUGUUGUGUCAAUUGUCGUACACGUGGAUUAGAAGCACUCACAUUUGUGUCGCUACCAACAACGGUGGACCGUGCAAUGGUGACGAAGGUGGUCCGGUAACGGUUCGGGAAGCUGGAAGAACAUACCUCAUCGGAAUACAUAGCUUCCAUUUCAACGGAAUCCGCGGUUGCGACCGAGGACGAUCUGCCGUGCAUACCCGCAUUACGGAAUAUCUGGACUGGAUCGAAGAGAACACGGAUGUCAUCAUUCCUAUGUAAUUUUUAACAACAUAAAACUUACUUUACAUAUACAAAUUUACUGCUCAAUAAAUUAUUGCAAAAUUUCAAAUGACAUUGAGAUGGAAA